AUGAUAAUUAUUAAAAUUAUAUGUAAAUCACACCAAACUUCUUUCAACAGAUACCACAUGGAUCCUUCAGGCACUUUUGUCCAGUGUGAUGCCAGGGCUAUCGGCUCAGCAUCUGAAGGAGCUCAGAGCUCUUUGCAGGAGGUUUACCACAAGUCCAUGACGUUAAAGGAUGCCAUCAAGUCUUCUCUCACUAUCCUGAAACAAGUGAUGGAGGAGAAACUCAAUGCCACUAACAUUGAGCUUGCCACAGUAGAGCCCGACAAGACCUUUCACAUGUACUCCAAAGAAGAGCUUGAGGAUGUCAUCAAGGAUAUCUAGAGCUGAACGGAGCUCUGCAAAGCCUGACUGAUGUUUAAUAUGAAAAAUCCAGUGUAAUUUUCUGUGAAUCACCACACAGCAAUUGCAUAUAUAAUACUCUGGCUGCAUCCUACGGUUUGCCUGUUCAGACAGGAAUUGUCUUUAUACUUUUUUUUUUUUCCUCUGUCAAUCCCAAAAUUUCUAUAGUUCUGUACAAGCACAGAACAGCAGAUCUUGUAGUUAAAUUACAUGGGGGGGGGGUUCUUUUUGUUAUGAAUCACUGCGUUAAUAAACUGUUGUUGAAAAAAA